GUCAUUGUUUGAUAGAGUAAAUUAUUGAACGGAACUCUCAUUUAGGAUUGUGUAGAGAAUUUAGUAACUUCCUGACAGAUGAGAGGCGUUUUGUUGGUAUUUUUGGUGAUUUUUCUCGUAACACGCAGCACCUUAGCUGUGGGACUUGGUGAACAUUGCAACAACAAUGAUAAUUUAUUUUGUGACCAAGGAUUGAUGUGUAACGACCAAACUUGUGCUUUGAACAAGACAUCAUGCUUCUUCACCCAACAUCUCGAUAGGGAAAUGAUCGGACAGCUGCCCACCUGCAAUGAUGACGGUACAUUCGCUGCAAAGCAAUGCAAAGGCGACCGAAGUACAGGAAGAUGCUUUUGCUAUAGUGCGACUGGUGAGAGGAUUUUUGGGUGGGAUUGGUGGCGGAAUUCUGAGGAAAUGAACUGUGCAUGCAGCCGGAAGAGGUAUGAAAUGGAGAAAUCAGGCCGUCACGAAGUUACACUCCACUGUCAGCAGAAUGGGAAUUUUGAGGAGCUUCAGUGUGACGAUGACACGUGCUGGUGUGCCGAUCCAGACACGGGCUUCAUCACCGACAACACAAUCGCCGUCCCCCAGCACUUGUGGACCCUUUUACCGUGCUACAAUACCUCCUCCUAUGGGACACAGUACCUCAGACAGUGCGAAAGUGCCUCCCAUGCUCAGAGAGUCAUUCGAAAUGCAUUUAGCAAACGUGGCACCACACAGAUAUCCUUCAGUAACAUCCCAUGCCACUAUGAUGGCUCUUUUGGCACGUACGGCAUUGCAGAGGGACAAGCCUUUUGCAGUUGGCGUGAUGGUUCGAGGCUAGGUCCCUUUGCUGCUGCUCCAAAUCAAGUUGGAACUAUGGAUUGCUACUGUGCCCGUGAUCAGAGAAUCUUCAAUGACAACGGUCUAACCCUCAAUCUCCAAUGCAAUGGUCAAGGGAACUACGCUAAUCCUCAGGAUCUCAAUGGAGAACUCUUCUGUGUGGAUCGCGAUGGGUUUGUUGUGUCGGAUUUUUAUCCACCUGGCACCGAAACCGUUGAUUGCAAUAAUCAUUUGUACUACAUGCAAUAAAAGUUGAAUAAUUUCUCAA